AUGGGUCGGCUCGACCGAAGUGAUACCACGGCCUCACAGAAUACCGGCGUGAAACAACACAGCAUUGUGUUUCGCGGUGUGAGUGAGGUUACCGGAGGCCCAAUCCCGUCCCUUCCCCUAUCCCUUUCUGAUCCUUAUAUCCGCAACCCCUAUCCCCAAAAGGGCGGCAACGCACUCGUAACUCCUUUGGUGUUGCGGGUGUCCAUGGGCCAUCAGGGUCUUGGUUCAAAAGGAGGUUGGAGGCCAGUGGUCGGAUCCAGCGGCAUGGUAUACGGGUCCUACGGCACAGCUCCAUUACACGCGCCGCACUACAAAAUCCCAGUUCCUGUUAUAGACCAGUAUCAGUACCAAUCGUCCGCGCGUCCUGUCUCUACGAAGGAUGGGAACAAAUUAACUUCUAUAGCGCAGUCGUACCGCCCGACGACACUUAGGACCGUACAAGCUGCUUCAGCCAUCCCUGUCAUCAAUCAGCCCAUCAACACCUACCAUAAUCCCUUCGCCUUCCAAAGCAACAGUUUUUCAAACUACAAGUUUGUCCAAAACUACCCAGUGGACAGCGUCCUUGUGAGAAACCCCCACAAUCCAUUCAACAACCGACCAGUAUACACCAAGUAUCCCAAUAAAGUAAAGCAAAAUAAUCACCAGCACCUUAUGCAGCAAUUGACAAACGUUCAGCCGAUACAGUUUGGACAGUAUCAGACGGCUAAACCUCUAGACUUGUUUGGGAACCCGAUUGAAAGUUAUGCGAGGCCUACAGAAGCAAAGAAACAGCAGACAAGUGGUACUGAGAUCUACAAGCAAGAGUUGUAUAAGCUACAAGACAGCGACACGGCGCCGCAGUCCGUCAGCCAACAAGUAAAGACAGGUCCACAGCAAGUAAAAACGGCGCAGCAGCAGGGCUUGACCGGCUUGCCUAAUGUUGUCAAUCCCUACGCACAGUAUUCGUUCCAGGACGCUGUCUUCCCACCGAGCAUAUUAGGUACUUUUGGAACAUUUGGCGUACAAUCAGUAAAAGGCCGAGAGCCCGUGUACCAGUUCCCAGCCACGAAGACUACAUAUUUACCUCCACAGUCGAGCAAGACGACCAUAUUCAACUCAUUCAGCUAUUCUCCGAACUUCAAAACUACUCCAACAAUCUUCGAUUCAACUACACCUAGAUUACCCACAACAGCUAAUCAUUUACACUUCGGGACAACAUAUAGCGAUAUAAAGAUCACACCCACACCACAAACUAAGGUUUACGUCCCACCGAAGAUUGAUCCUAAUGCCGGAGCCAAAGAUACCUUCAAGCCCAGUCCUCAAGAUCCCUUCGCAAAGAAUCACCAAAGCGACUAUAAUAAAGUCUCUGUCACCACAUACAACCCCACCGCUGCCACGACUACACUAGCCAAUAACUUCUACGACUACAAUUUCCCCACACACCAAAACCAACAAGGUCAGAUAGCCCAUGAACCACAAAACGUUAACUAUAAUAACGAGAAAAAGAAACAUAAAAUCCACGACAGUGUCGCUGCCGGUGGUAACCAGCAACCGUCGAAACAGUACGCCAACACGCCCUUAAGAACAGAUGCGCAAAACGCACAAAGCUCUCCCUACCGACAGACUUACGAAGUAACAGAAUCUUCAGAUGCUGAUUUUCAUUCUCAAUCAUCGACAGCACCCUGGACAUUGACCUCUCAAACGUAUGAAUAUAACAAUCAGAAACCUACACAAGAAUCAACAAAUCCGCAAGACUAUUCCGAUUCAUACCGCAAGCCGGAGCCCACGCCUGUGCCAGACCUCCCUGAAGAAUUUGCCAUCGUAACCGAGGCUGAGAAUGGCCAUGACAACUCUUUGAGCUACGACACGAAAGUCGAAUCCCAAAGCAGGCGGCCCCUAGAAGAAGACUUCGUUGAACCGAUCGGCAAGCACAAGCUUAAAGACUACUACUACAAGGUAUCAACUCCUUCGUACGAAGACUACAGCACGUCAAGACGAACGAAAAAGCCGACUGAAGCGGCGAAGUACUCCGCAACACCUGAGACUACCACGCAAUUUAACAACAAGGACAACAACGGAGACGCGCAAGUUGAAGCUCUGCCCACAUUACCUCCUAACAAGCAUUUCAAACGUCCCAACACGUCAGAACGGAAACGGAAUAAGGUGAGGAGGCGCCGUCCUCCGCUAGCCAAUAACAACCGCAACAAGGAUGAGACUUCUAGCACUACAAGUACGCUAAGCACCCGAUCCUCCGCAUACAUCUCGUCAACCGAGCCGACCCUCACCACAGACCCCGAAGAAGUAUACACUAUUAGACCGAGAGUUAGGCCAACGAAGUCACAGCCAAACCUGACCACACCAACUGUCACGACUGACCUGACCACCAGUGCUUUACCAACUGUCACACCUACCAUCCCUACCAUAGUCAAAAAGAAAUUAGUUCACCGCCGUCCGUUAACCACGCCAGCGGAUAGACCAGAAACAACAACAUACAUCCAAGAAGACCUUAACAAAGAAUCGCAGAUUAUGAAAAUAACAAGCAGACCACAUGGUUCCAAAAUAAAUAACUAUGACUUCAAAAACGAUUUUACACACAAACAGGAUGAAAAGGACACGCCCACAAGUGACGUCACUGUAAGUUUAUCAGAUACGCUGAAAAGUACUGUCGAAUCUGGACUAGAAUUUUCAUUCCACAAAGAUGUGAAGCCUAUUGAAGCUAAACUAGAACCAGUAAGGGCUUGGGAGACAACAACAGAGUUUUACAAAGAAGAUAGAACAGACUACACGACAACACCAAGAGUUGACGUUACAACUACAAGCCGACCUCAGCGACCGAGACUGCGGAAUAAAUACAACAGAACAAGAUUCAAUGUCAAAGAUUACAGAAACAGACUAAGUUCCACAACUACUACUACUGAGAAACCUGCUGAAAGCGCACCUAAGAUACGAUUCCCUCAGAGAAGAGUGCCUUACAAUGAAAACAUUAACAAUGAAAAUGAGAGCACUACAGAACGCAAAAGAUUCACACCCAAAGACCCGCGAUACAAGAACGGAAUUCAGGAAAAUGAACAGACGCAGACAGAGAAAGAAUCACAAUUCACUAAACCAAACAAGCAAAGGCAGACAACAGAGAAUGUUGAAGCGACUACAAUCAGAGUAUCAGCGCGCAUUCGGAACGGACAGCGGCGGCCGAGGCCUACGACUGAAGAACCGGAGACAACCACACCAACCACAGUUCAUAGCAAAAGACCACUAAGAAAGAAGAUCAAGGACUCAGAAAUAGGCGAAUCCGUCCAGGACAUAUCCGUAACAGAAACAACAGUUUACGACAGGAACGAAGUAACAUCAGAAAGGACAAGAUCAGAGAGUGCAAUCAUGAAGAUAGCGGACAAAAAGCAUCAUGAUCAUUUAGAGCACUUAUUUGAACAUUCCAAGAGAGUGUCGGACUUAACGCUAGCCGCAAGCAAAGAUUACAACAAGCCGGGAAUGUUUAAGACGGUGUCGUCAAACAGUAGACGAAUACCGAACUACUUCACGAUAGCAACAGACGAUCCGAUUUUACCAAUAGAAGCAUUCUUUCCCCAGUUGAACCAGAAGAAGGAAUCGUAA